AUGAGAGGUAUUUUCAGUCAACACCCGACGAUCAACGAUGAUCUGCCGAACCGCAUCAUAUCGGGCAGAGUUCUGGUCAAACCGAAUGUCAGGAGUUUCACCGAGACGACAGCCAUCUUCGAGGAUGGCUCAGUUGAAGAGAUCGACUUUGUGGUCUUCGCCACAGGAUACACGUUUUCAUACCCGUUCCUGGAUGAGUCCGUGGUCAAGGUGGAAAAGAACCAGGUGGACCUGUACAAGCUCGUGUUCCCCCCCGCAAUGACCCACCCAACUCUUUGUAUCAUUGGCCUCAUGCAACCACUGGGCGCCAUCAUGCCCUUAUCAGAACUACAGGCUCGCUGGGCCACGCGGGUUUUCAAAGGGGAUGCCAAUCUACCAUCGACAGCCGAUAUGAUCACGGACAUAAUGGAGAAGAAAGAAAAGAUGUCGAACAGGUACGACAAAUCCCAACGCAACACCAUCCAGGUGGACUACAUCGCUUACGCUGAUGAAUUGGCCGAUCUCAUAGGUGCCAGACCCAACCUCAAGAGUCUUGCUCUUCGAGAUCCAAGACUGGCCUAGCAUGUCUUCUUUGGACCAUGUACACCUUGCCAAUAUCGUCUAGCUGGUCCGAGGAGUUGGGGGGAAGCAAGGGAAACCAUCUUGACCACGUGGGAUCGUGCUAUUCGACCGACCAAGACACGCACAUUGGUGCAAAGUCGUAGCGAUCUCCCAAUCCCUCUGUUCUUUAACCUCCUUGCCUUCCUGUUGGCUAUUUGUGCAAUCUUGUACUUCUUCUAGACAAUUGGCCUUGAGUUUAGUUUAGUUUGGAGAUACAGCGCGGAAACAGGCCAUUCGGCCCACCGAACCAAUAGGCAACAGGUGCAGGAGUCGGCCAUUCAGCCCUUCCAGCCACCACCGCCAUUCAAUGUGAUUAUGGCUGAUCAUCCACAAUCAGUACCCUGUUCCUGCCUUCUCCCCACAUCCCCUGACUUCACUAUCUUUAAGAGCCCUAUCUAGCUCUCUC